GAGCUGCCGCAUCAUUCGCCAAGAUUGCUCCUCCAAAGAAGCAACUUACCUCGUUCUGCAUGUGCGGUCCCUAUCCGCGAAGGCGUCGCUACUACCAGAUUCGCGAAUUCCAGAUGGCCUCUUCCGCGGACGAGCUGGAGAGCGAGGAUCCGGAAGAUGAGCUCGAGCUGGAUGAUGACCCGCCUCCCGAUUCCGAGCCCAGAACCGAUUCCUUGCCCGAACGACUCUUUGACAUCAACGAGGCGGAUGCGGACAGCAAAGCCGCCAACCUGGAGCAGCUGACGAUAAAGGAAGAGGAUGCGUGGUGGAAUCAGGUCCCUCUGAACAAUCUGGAUCUCAGUUCCAAUACCCUGACGCACUUAUCGCCCAAGAUUGAGAAUCUGGCGUCGCUUACUGUCCUCACACUACAUGACAAUGCCCUAGUGGAGCUGCCGCCAGAGGUCGGCAAACUGGAGAAGCUAAUGCGUCUGAACGUGAGCCACAACAAACUCAGUCAGCUGCCCCGUGAGCUCUACAGUUUGCCGGACUUGCGGCAUCUCAACAUUUCGUACAACGAGUUCACAGAACUUGAUCCGGACAUAAGUGACCUCCACAUGCUCGAGUUUCUGGACGGCGGGCAUAACAACAUCCAAUCCCUGCCCGGCGGCAUUGGGUUCUUGGUGCGUCUAACUACGCUCCUGUUGCCCUAUAACCACAUCAAGGAACUACCGCCUGAUCUUGUUAACAUGCGUUCUUUGCAAAAGAUUGAUAUCGAGCAUAAUGACCUGACCGGAUUACCAGAGGAUAUGGGACUCCUAAGGAAGCUGGAGUGCCUAUAUUUGCAGCACAAUGACAUUCAGGAGCUGCCCGAUUUCGAGGGCAAUGAGGGCCUACACGAGCUUCAUGCCAGCAAUAAUUUUAUUAAGGCGAUACCGAAACCUAUGUGCAGUAACUUGCCACAUUUGAAGAUCCUGGACCUUCGAGACAACAAGAUCACAGAGUUACCUGAUGAACUGUGCCUCCUGCGCAACCUCACCCGCCUGGAUGUGUCCAACAAUACCAUAAGCGUUUUGCCAGUCACUUUGUCGUCGCUUGCCCAUCUGAUCAGCCUACAGGUGGAUGGAAAUCCCAUCAAGACCAUUCGUCGCGACAUCCUGCAGUGUGGAACAUCGCGUAUUCUGAAGACCUUACACGAUCGCGCAUUGGCCAACAAGGAGGAGGGAGGUUCCGAUGCGACCUCCCUUUCGGGGGGCAUAAGCGUUACCCGCCUUCGAGGCGGACACACUGACUCUGGAGACAUGCCAGAAAACUUUCCGGAUAGUAGUUAUUCAGAGCAGCAGCCAUCACAAUUCGGAUGUAGGUGUCCGUAUCCUUGCCAGCAGCACAUGCAGCACCACAUUCAGCAGAAUAUGCAGCCUUUUUGUGUUUAUGAACCGCUUAGAAAUUGCCCGGAGUAUGAUAGGCAGACCCAGGGACAUAUAUACGAGCCCGAGAGCUAUCAGCAACAGCAUGAAAAUGGCAACAUGGCUAAUCUUUUCAUGAAACAGCAGGAGCAGCGGCGGUCGGGUCCCUACCACAACUGUUACAUGUUCCAGCAGCAGCAGCAGGAGCAAUAUGUAUACGGACAAGAUGGCUCGCAUCACAGCACCAACCGCAUGGCUGUGCAUCCGCGUUGGGUAUACAAAUUACGACAUACACGUACAUUAGCUGUCAACUUAGAGCAGCUCACUGAAGUGCCGGAACAAGUGUUCCAGUUGGCCAAGGAGGAGGGUGUCCAUGUGGUGGACUUUGCCCGCAACCAGUUGAGCACAUUGCCAAAUGGUCUGCAGCACUUGCGGGACCAGCUCACCGAGCUGGUGUUGUCCAACAACCUCAUUGGGCAUGUACCCCAGUUCAUAUCGCAGUUCACACGCAUCUCAUACCUGAAUUUGUCAAACAACUUGUUGAACGACCUGCCCAAGGAGUUCGGUGUCCUGGUGACUCUUCGUGAGCUUAAUGUAGCAAAUAAUCGUUUUCAGUUUAUUCCAAAUGGUAUAUACGAACUACAAGGUCUGGAGAUUCUUAUUGCCAGUGAGAACCACAUCAAACAGUUGAAUGUUGCGGGUCUUCAGUGCAUGCCCCGCUUGACGACCCUGGAUUUGCGUAAUAACGAUAUCGACAAUGUGCCACCCAUUUUGGGCAACCUAACCAAUAUAACUCACCUGGAACUGGUUGGUAAUCCGUUUCGACAGCCGCGCCAUCAGAUCCUCAUGAAGGGCACAGAUGCCAUUAUGUCCUAUCUGCGGGAUCGGAUCCCCACAUAGAGAAGGACUCACAAUUGAAGCACAAAUCAGUUUUUAAGCAAUACUUUACUAGCAAUCUGUUUAAUUUGACGAAUCUAUAUACCGAAAUUUUUCAAUUCCUCUCGAUUACGUCCACACACAGCCAAUCUUUGGGUUCAAGGUUUGAAUCUGUGUGGACGUGAUCGGUCGGAUACUUUAGAUACAAAGAGACACUUCGUGUUACCACCAACUGAACUAGUCAGCGCGAGGCAAUUCACGACGCACCCUGGUAAUCCUCCUGACCGAGAAUCAACAAUAAAUGGGAAUAGAA